UCUCCCAUAUUUCAUGUAAAAAAAAAAUAAAUGUGGGCCUAAAUUAUUUAAUGGGUUGGGCUUAAUUUGCUCAAUGGCGGGAGAAGCUCUGCUUUUCUCCUUCAAUAUCAGUAGUUUUGAGCGAGAGAAAAGAAAUAGGAGUAUGAAGAAGCUUGGCUCUGCCUUACGGUUAAACAUAUUCAACCUCAAGAAGGGAGGUGUAUUUCAAUGGAGGACUAUGACUAAUUCAACAUAUUCAGAAUUGCCUCCAUUUUCUCAAACUAUAGCUUCGGUACAGUCCAUCUUCUCCAAUCCCUAUUUCUCUCUUCUGGGUAUCUGCAGAAACAUCGAUUCCCUCAAGAAAAUUCACGCUUUGCUCAUAUUAAAUGGGCUAACCGAAGAUAUUAUCUGCAACACUAAAUUGGUUAGUUUGUAUGGUUCGUUUGGCUACAUUCGAUAUGCACGACAACUGUUCGAUCAAAUGCCUAACCCAGAUUUUUAUUCGUGGAAAGCGAUGCUUAGGUGGUAUUUCUUGAAUGAAUUUUAUUCGGCGGUUUUAAGGUUUCAUAAUCACAUGAGACUGCGUGUAAAAGAGAAUGAUAAUAUUGUUUUCUCGAUUGUGUUGAAGGCAUGCAGUGAGUCGCGCAACAUUGAAGAAGGGAGAAAGGUGCAUUGCCUAAUUGAAAAGGCGGGAAAUCCUGAUAGCUUUGUGUUGACAGGCUUGGUUGAUAUGUAUGCGAGAUGCGGAUGGAUUGAGAAUUCUCGAGCGGUGUUUGAUGGAAUUCUUGAUCGAAAUGUGGUCUCUUGGACUACAAUGAUUGUCGGGUAUGUCCAGAAUGACUGUGCCAAAGAAGGCUUGGCUUUGUUUAAUCGGAUGAGAGAAGGUUUUGUUGAAUGCAACGAGGUUACAUUAGGGAGCUUAGUCAAAGCUUGUACUAAAUUAGGAGCUUUGCAUCAAGGAAGAUGGUUUCAUGGAUAUGUUAGUAAAAGCGGUUUUGAACUUAAUUAUGUCUUAGGCACAGCUCUUCUAGACAUGUACGUCAAGUGUGGGAGCAUUAGAGAUGCUCGUUGUGUGUUUGAUGAGCUAUCCACAGUUGACCUUGUGUCUUGGACGGCAAUGAUUGUUGGCUACUGUCAGACUGGUCAUCCGGACAAGGCCUUGAAUUUAUUUACUGACAGUAAAUGGGUUGGUUUUCAACCAAAUUCAUUCACCACAGCCAGUUUACUUUCAUCAUGUGCACAGUUGAGUAAUUUGAAUUUGGGGAGGGUAAUUCAUGGUCUUGGGGUUAAACUGGGUUUGGAAGACUCAAUAGUUAGAAAUGCUCUGGUGGACAUGUAUGCAAAAUGCCAUACGCUUGGUGAUGCCCGUUAUGUCUUUGAAACGGUCUUGGACAGGAAUGUGAUAGCAUGGAAUUCAAUCAUUUCUGGAUAUUCGCAAAAUUGGUGUGCAUACGAAGCUCUUCAAAUGUUCCAUAGAAUGAGAUCAGAGUCAUUCGCACCCGAUGGUAUCACGCUAGUCGGUGUCCUUUCAGCUUGUGCUUUCCUUGGUUCUCUUCGAGUUGGUUCCUCUCUUCAUGCCUACUCCAUAAAGGGGGGCCUAAUGACAAAUAAUGUGGUUGUGGGGACUGCACUGCUGAACUUUUACGCAAAAUCUGGGGACACUAAAUCUGCACGUAUAGUUUUCAAUGGAAUGAAAGAGAAGAACAGUAUUACAUGGAGCACAAUGAUUGAUGGGUAUGGGAUACAAGGAGACAACAGUGGAUCUUUUACACUCUUCAAUGAAAUGUUGAAGGAUGAUAUUCAACCUAAUGAAGAAAUCUUCACAACUAUUCUAUCAGCUUGUAGUCAUUCAGGAAUGGUUCAGGAGGGUUGGAGGUAUUUCAAUCUAAUGUGCCAGCACUAUAAGUUCGUGCCUUCCAUGAAGCAUUAUACAUGUAUGGUCUAUCUAUUGGCUCGUGAUGGAAAACUUGAGGAGGCCAUGGAGUUCAUUAAAAAUUUACCCGUUCAACCAGAUGUGAGUUUGUUGGGAGCUUUUCUUCAUGGAUGCGAACUCUAUUCGAGGUUUGAUCUUGGAGAAAUUGUGAUCAGGAAAAUGCUAGAGCUCAACCCUCACAAGGCUUGUUACUAUGUGCUCAUGUCUAACCUUUAUGCCUCGGGUGGAAGGUGGAGCCAGGUUAAGCAGGUGAGAGAGAUGAUGAAGCAAAGAGGGUUCAGCAAGUCUCCUGGGAGUAGCAUGGUGGAGAUGAAUAGCUGUAAUGAUAUUUCAGCUGCAAGAGUGGCAUGUGUUGCUUAGUUAUGUGGUUGCUUUUUGAGAUGAGAACCACCAAGUUGGGAUGAUUGGGGGAUAUCUAUAAGACUUCUUGCCAGUGUGAAGAUAAACUUAAAAGCUUUGAGUCAUUCAAAGAUUGAUUAUAGCAUGGUGACACCUUCAAUUUACUGAUCAAAAUCUGCCCAAGAUUUUGCACCCAUAAAUGAUAAAAUCCUUUACCAGAAGGCAAUAAUCAUCAGCAGGCAGAGCUAAAAAAAUAUUGUUUACAAUUAUUUAUUUAUUAUUUUCUUUGCCCUGCUACCUUUGAGACAGUAGUUCUCGGCAGAUCCUAUUAACAAGUUAAAGAAGAGCUUCUUCUUACACGACAGUAGGACAAUGGUGAUUUGCUAGAUCAUUUCCAAAGCUCUAUUUCGGCGAUGCAUGAGACAAGAAUUUGAUGCAAGUAAAUACUCAGGGUUGGACCGAUGAAUUGAGAAAGACAUUGUACUAUACACCCUGUUGGCUAGAGUGGACAGAAUCACUGUGAAGACCUGUAGGGUUAUCAUUAACGGCAUAAUACUUUUUUUUUUUACUCUCAAAGACGAGUAUAUGUUCAUAUAUGUGUAGAAAUACUUGAGUGGAAAUAAAAAAAAAAAAGACAAAUUUUAUACUUUACCCUAUACGAA